AUGGCAGAGAAGAAGCGCGUCGCAGAAUGCAAGGGUUCAUGUUCCAAGACAGAUUGGCGGACCGAGACUGGCACCCCCUCAUGGGCAAGCCAAGUCUCAAAUGCAACACGACCAUCGAGUCAGAAUUCGCGAAUGGCCGGACACCCGGACUCCACAGUCUGGCUUCAGUCCAGUGAUGCGCUCCGAUUCGCUGUUUUGUUGCAGAAAUCACCGCCAUGCAGAGCCCAUUGGCUCGUGAUGGGUGAUUGGGGAUGGUCAAAGUGGCGUGCAGCUCCUCCCAAGCAGCAAGGAAAACGGGACUCUGGGUGGUUACCAAGGGCUGCUUGA